CAGGGACUCAUUAGCAGAGUGACAGAAUCGGUGAAAAACAUCGUACCGGGAUGGUUACAGAAGUAUUUCAAUAAAAGUGAAGAUGAAUGUGUAGAUACAAAUGAAUCUACAAACCAGGAAGAGAGUCCAGUAAACUAUCACCAUGAUUAUGCAAAUGAAGAUGCCAUAGUGAUUGAUGGGAGAGUCACGCCUGAAUCACCAAGAAUUAAUUUAGAAGAGCCAUCCACAAGUCGAUCUGCGUUGAACUUCUCGGAUGUGUUAACAAGGCCCUCUCUUCACCGGAGCCAUUUGAACUGUGCCAUGUUGGAUUCCACAGUACCGCAUUGUCAGCCCUCUACAUCAUCUUCACUUGGCAUUGGCAGUCCUGGACUGUCUCUUGUAAAAGAAAUAAAAGAUUCUACCUCUCAGCACGAUGAUGAUAACAUCUCAACAACCAGUGGCUUCUCCUCUAGAGCAUCUGAUAAAGAUAUCACAGUUUCAAAAAAUACUUCCGCACCACUGCUCUGGUCCGCGGAGGCCGAAAGAUCUCAUUCCCUCUCACAGCAUCCUGCAGCUAGCUCUAAAAAACCUGCGUUCAAUUUAUCUGCUUUUGGAUCUCCCUCUCCUUCACUUGGAAACACUUCUAUCUUUAAGACAAGUCAGCUCGGGGAUUCUCCAUUUUACCCUGGAAAGACCACUUAUGGUGGUGCAGCUGCAGCAGCAAGGGAGACAAAAGCACGAAUUGCUCCUUAUCAGCCACCAGUAAGAAGACAAAUGAAAGCUAAACAAGCAAGUGUGCAGUCCUAUGGUGUGACAAGUUCCACAGCACGACGCAUCUUGCAGUCAUUGGAGAAGAUGUCAAGUCCUUUGGCGGAUGCUAAAAGGAUUCCGUCUUCUGCUUCUAGUCCACUGUCUUCUCCUGUCGACAGGAGCGUGCUGAAUAUUACUAGCUUCCAGUCCAAACGAAAACAGAUGGAGUCGCAGCAUCCACCUGUCCAGAAACUUGUGAUGCCAAAGGCAAUCUCUCUGUCACUGGGUCGGACCCAGUAUUUUAAACCAUCUCUGACUCCAGCUACUGAUUCUAGCAAAAUUCACCAGAGGGUAGGUAUAAAGCACAAAGGCAUGAGAGAGAAGAGUUUUACUGCAGAACAACGAGUAAAACCAUCGGAAAGCAAUUUGACCUACCCUAAAUUCAGUACUCCUGCAUCCAAUGGCCUCUCUUCAGAAGGAGGAGUGAGUGGUGGUGGCAAGAUGAGCAGGGUAAGAGGCGUGCACUAUAUAUCAAAACCUGGACAAGAACAACAGGAAGUGGAGGAACCAGUACUACCAAAAGUCCCCCUACCCAUCAGUACUGCAUCGCUGCCUUCGUUCAACUUUAGUUUUCUUGCCAGUAGUACUGUUUCAUCGUCACCAAGCACUGUUUCAACAGCAGUGAUGAACAAGGUACAACCAGCAAGUAAUGUCGGAAGUCCUGUGUUCAAAUUCUCAUCUCCAAUUGUGAAAUCUACUGAGGCAGAAGUGCUACCUCCUUUGUCUAUCGGGUUUACAUUUAGUGUUCCUGUUGUAAAAACAGCAGAGCUUUCUGGAUCCAGUCAUACACCAGUGACGUCCUUCCUUACUCCAGAUACCGCAACUGUAAACAGCACCAGCAAUAAGAAGGAAGAAAAAGAAUACGAUGGCCUCUCCAAACCUGCGAAGGUCCUAAAGGAAGGAAGUGUGUUAGACAUUCUAAAAAGCCCUGGUUUUACAUCUGUGAAAACACAGUCCUCUCCAUCUGCACAGCCUGUUACAAGCACAGAGGUCUAUACAAGGCCUGCAAUAAGUAGUUUUUCUGCAGGUAAAGACACCUCUAAACAAGCAUCCUCAUUUUGGCAGUCUGACACACAUGACCCCUGUCUGCAAAACAAAACCACAGACAGCAAAUGUGUAACGUGUGAAGCUGCUAAAGUGUCAACAGUUGAGAGUCCAAAACAGACGAUAAGCUCAAGUCAGUGUGUCGCCACCAAGGCAGCAGUCCCUCCAGCAGGGACAUUGGGCUUUGAAGACAAAUUUAAACCAGCACCUAACGCAUGGGAUUGUGAUACCUGUCUGGUCCAGAACAAACCUGAAGCUACAAAAUGUAUCGCAUGUGAGACACCAAAGCCUGGAACAGGAGUAAUGCCUGCUCUGACAUUGCCAGCGGUCACGGACAGCUUGGUGACAGUGACAUCCUCCUCCAGCAGCACUGACACAACAAGCUCUCUGGGGUUUGGAGACAGAUUUAAGAAGCCAAAAGGCUCUUGGGACUGUACAGUGUGCCUUGUAUCAAAUAAGGCAGAAGACAGCAAAUGUGUAGCUUGUCAGUCUGAGAAACCAGGGAGUUCAGUGCCUGUGACCAGUAGCAGUGCUUCUGCAUUUUCUGCUGCUUCUGGAGGAUUUCUGAAUUUAGACAAAUUCAAGAAGCCUGAAGGAAGCUGGGAUUGUGACGUCUGCUUGGUCCAAAACAAAGCAGAAGCCACAAAAUGCGUAGCCUGUGAAAGUGCAAAGCCAGGCACCAAAGCAGAGCUCAAAGGUUUCGGUACUGCUGCUGUGUCCACAAAUGCUGCAAUGCCAUCAUUUACAUUUGGUGUCCAGUCGUCGUCCUCUGAAUCUUCUCAUACGUUAGGUAGCACAGGAAAUUUUAAAUUUGGAGAACAAGGGAGCUUCAAGUUCGGUGUUGUAUCUGAAUCUGCAUCCUCCAAUGCUGUGACUGGGGGAUUUAAGUUUCCUACUGGUUCAGGGGACUUCAAAUUUGGAGUUUCUUCCUCAGACUCUAAAUCAGAGGACAGUAAAAAAGAAGGUAAAAGUAACAGUUUUACCUUUGGGCUUCCAUCUACAAGCACUCAGGCUCCUUCAACGUUUCAGUUUGGUACAGCGAGCCUGGGACAGCAGGAAAAGAAAGAGGAACCAGUUUUGGGAGGCUUUGGUUUUGGCACAAGUUCUACUUCUUCCAUAGCUACCAAUGAGAAUAAAACCGGAGCCAGUGGCUUCACUUUUGGAACUGUGGCAGAAAAGGAGAUGCCGUCACCUGCUCUUACAUUUAAGAAGUCAGAUGAGAAAAAGGAUGAACCUCUUCCAACAAAGGGAGGCUUCUCUUUUGGCAGCGUGGAGUCCGCACCUGCCUCACAGUUUGUUUUGGGAAGGACAGAAGAGAAACAGGACUCUGUCACUUCUGCUGCUCUGUUAGCAUUUGGAAAGAAAGCUGACAACGAAGAGUUAAAGGCACAACCUGUCUUUUCAGCUGGGACGGCUGAGCAUACCAAAGAGGAGAGUACAGCAAAACCUAUGUUCAAUUUUAGUUUUGUUAAACCAUCGGAGAAGGAAACUGAGCACGCGAAGCCGUCUUUUACAUUUGGGGCACAAACCAGUACUGCAGGUAACCGGAACAUCUUUUGUCUUCACUUGUCUGCUCGUGUCCAUCAAAUAGUACCUUCGAAGCCAUACUGGACUAAAUCCGUGGGAUUUGAUAUAGUCAUGCAUUAG